AUGCCCGUCACAUCAACACUUCUGAGCCUUCCCAACGAGGUGCUCAUUAUCAUUGCGAAGUACCUUGUCCAGCCCUGGAACAAUAGGGACGUACACACUUGGCGGGACGGUCCAAGAGCGCCGACACCUUGCACCGCAAAUCUCUGCCUCACCUCAAAACGACUUCGAGAUAUCUCUAAGCCACUGCUCUUUUCACAGAUCACUGUGAAGAGUUAUCUGCAGAUGUUGCGUCUUUUGCGGAGUCUUCUGAGAGCGCCCUCCCUUUGUCAAAAAGUCCAGUCUCUCAGAGUCGGUUACAGCAGGUCCAAGUGUUUCCCAUCGCGCAAGGACUACGACGAGGUCCUGGCGACCUUCAAGGCUUGGGCAGACGCUAUAAGCGAAAUCCCAGGCAACAAUAUCCUGACCCUACAGGACAUUUUGAAGCGCAUCGAAGCUGUCACAGGCUUUGACUUUGUUCACAUCGAGUUGAUCAGCGAUCUCGACGAACCAACCUUUGAAGCACUUCAAGCCCUGAGCUACUGUAAUAUCCGUCAAACCUGGGCUAACAUAGACUUGGACCCAGAGAGCCACUAUUCGAGACUGCAAUUUGUCAUCCCUGUCCCGUUCUACUUGGUACCAAAGGUGAAAGCGCUGUCAGUGAUCUACAGGACGGAGGAGCACAAAGAUCUCACCAACCAUUGCAUGGCCGAUGCACCAAAACUUGACCAUGUCAUAGCCUGUCUGUUAGCCGAUGAUCAUACAAGUUCAAAGUUUCUCCCAGAACUCGAAAGUCUGCAUUUUCAGAGCAGUGCACCCUCCACAGGGCCUCAAUGCCAUGUUUUCCUACCAACGCUGGCGCGACUUCGCAGCAUCAGGCACAUGGGUGCGAUUCUCGCAAGGCCUCUUUCCCAAGAAGCUUUCCAACUCAUCUCCCUCGACACGUCGACUACCCUGGCCAGGACCGCCGGUUUGUUGGAUGUCCUCGAAUCUUGUCAAGACUUGGAACGCCUGAACAUUACUCUCGAGUCCGUGAGCUUUUGCGGUGAAAGUCGAGACGAAGUGCAGGUCUUCAUCGACGAGCUGGUGGACACUUGCCUGUGCCCGAAGCUCAAAGAAGGCGAUAUGGAAAGCUUAAUGCCAGUGCUCGUCUUGUCUUGGGCCACCGUUGCGGCCGCAAUUCGCGCUGGUCAUCUCCCGUAUCUCAGAUACGGGUUUUUCCUGGACGAAUGUCUUGGCGUGCUUCCCGGAGAGAUCUCCAAGGUUGAGGAGCAGCAUGAAGAAACCGACGAUGGCACGGAGGAAACGUGGACAGACGAGAGGGAGACAGAUUCGUCGCCGUCAGGGUCGUCAGCCAAAUAG